ACAGUUUUAUACUGGAGUCGUUUCCUUAUUUCCCACUUGUUCGCCUACUUGCAAGACAGGAUUAGGAUCAUGUCUGGCAUUAAGUCAUUUUACGACAUCUCAGCUAAAACGCUGAGAGGCGAGGAAUUUAAGUUUUCAUCUUUACAAGGCAAAGUGGUCCUUAUCGAGAAUGUGGCGUCUCUUUGAGGAACGACCACCAGGGAUUACACCCAGAUGAACGAGCUCUAUGAUCGCUUCUCGGACAAAGGGCUUGUGAUUCUGGGAGUCCCCUGCAAUCAGUUCGGCUAUCAGGAAAACUGUAAAAACGAAGAGAUCCUGAUGUCCCUGAAGUACGUCCGUCCUGGGAAUGGCUUCGAACCCAAAUUCCACCUUUUGGAGAAGGUCGACGUGAACGGGAAAGACGCUCAUCCUCUCUUCGUCUUUCUCAAGGAGAAACUUCCGUUCCCGAGCGACGAGCCAAUGGCCUUAAUGGGCGACCCCAAAUUUAUCGUGUGGAGUCCCGUGUGCAGAUACGACAUCGCGUGGAACUUCGAGAAGUUUCUCAUCGGGGCUGACGGAGUGCCAUUCAAACGCUACAGCAGGAGAUACCUGACCAGUGACAUCGAGGGAGACAUCAAGAAGCUUCUUAGCAUCGCCAACUAAAAUGUCUUGCAUUGCACAUGUGUGCUUAAAAGAUCUUGCAGGUGUCAAAAUCAAUACUCCUGUUGCUAGUGUAUUGCACUAAACACUUAUAUUGGUCUCUAUACGUUUUCAAAGCAGGUUGUGGUCUCGUGUGCAUGAUGUUGCUUGCGUUUGAGCUUUUACUUUAUGAAGAUGCUCCUGUAAACUUGCUUGUCUGUGGGGAGGAUCUGAUGUCAUGCAAAAGCUCUAAACUAAAGAGUUUCAUUUAGCCCAUGUAUAGCACAACUGGUCCAAUAAAUGUGUUUUCUACUUGA